AUGGAUAGUGAUAGUGGUGGUGCUGAUGGUAGUGGUGCGGGUGGUGGUGGCUGGGAUAGUGAAGCAACGCGGAAAAUCCGCGAACAGAUACGGGCCUAUACGUCCGCUGAGAUAAAUCGCCUGAUGAGGGAGGCCUUGCAGCAGCAGCAGCCGGCGGUACCUCGCCCCAUCCAGCAUCGAGGUGUAGUACACCGCGACCACGUCGCUGCACACCAACGGUUGUUUGACGACUAUUUCGCUGAGCAGCCGCGAUUUGGGGACAACUUCUUCCGGCGGCGUUUUAUGAUGCACCGGGAUCUAUUUAUGCAUAUCGUGAACGCUUUAGAGCGUCGGUACAAGUACUUCCGAUUCAGGGAGGAUGCGAGUGGCAGACCCAGUCACUCGCCUAUAUAG